GCAUGUUGCGGAGUGAUUAGUGGGUUUGAAAAGCGAACCGUGGCUCGGCCUCAUUUCCCGCUCUGGUUCAGGCGCAGGAGGAAGUGUUUUGCUGGAGGAUGAUGACAGAGGUCAGGCUUCGCUAAUGGGCCAGUGAGGAGCGGUGGAGGCGAGGCCGGGCGCCGGCACACACACAUUAACACACUUGAGCCAUCACCAAUCAGCAUAGGGAUCUGAGAAUUGCUCUUACACACCAAACCAGCAGCCUCCGUGGAGAAAACUCUCGCCAGCAACUCCUUUAAAACACCGUCAUUUCCAACCGUUGUGGUCUUUAAGCAGCAAUAACAGCCACACAAAAAAAAACCAAACCCAAGCAAACAAAACUCUUGACAGGAGCUUUGACGGGAGAGGAUGCCUCAUAAAGGGGGAAGACCUUAACUAGGGGUGCGCAGAUGUGUGAGACCUUUUAUUGUAAGAGUGGACAGACAUCCCAGAUUUCAGAAUCCCAUAUUCGAGCCCCGUGGGAUCCCGCGCCCCACAGCCAGCGCCAGCAUGCAGAACAGUCACAGCGGAGUGAAUCAGCUCGGUGGUGUCUUUGUCAACGGGCGGCCACUGCCAGACUCCACCCGGCAGAAGAUCGUAGAGCUAGCGCACAGCGGGGCCCGGCCGUGCGACAUUUCCCGAAUUCUGCAGACCCAUGCAGAUGCAAAAGUCCAAGUGCUGGACAAUCAAAACGUGUCCAACGGAUGUGUGAGUAAAAUUCUGGGCAGGUAUUACGAGACUGGCUCCAUCAGACCCAGGGCAAUCGGUGGUAGUAAACCAAGAGUAGCGACUCCAGAAGUUGUAAGCAAAAUAGCCCAGUAUAAGCGGGAGUGUCCGUCCAUCUUUGCUUGGGAAAUCCGAGACAGAUUACUGUCGGAGGGGGUCUGUACCAACGAUAAUAUACCAAGUGUGUCAUCAAUAAACAGAGUUCUUCGCAACCUGGCUAGCGAAAAGCAACAGAUGGGCGCAGACGGCAUGUAUGAUAAACUAAGGAUGUUGAAUGGGCAGACCGGAAGCUGGGGCACCCGCCCUGGUUGGUAUCCAGGGACUUCAGUGCCAGGGCAACCUACCCAAGAUGGCUGCCAGCAACAGGAAGGAGGGGGAGAGAAUACCAACUCCAUCAGUUCCAAUGGAGAAGAUUCAGAUGAAGCCCAAAUGCGACUUCAGCUGAAGCGGAAGCUACAAAGAAAUAGAACAUCCUUUACCCAAGAGCAAAUUGAGGCCCUGGAGAAAGAGUUUGAGAGGACCCAUUAUCCAGAUGUGUUUGCCAGAGAAAGACUAGCAGCCAAAAUAGAUCUACCUGAAGCAAGAAUACAGGUAUGGUUUUCUAAUCGAAGGGCCAAAUGGAGAAGAGAAGAAAAACUGAGGAAUCAGAGAAGACAGGCCAGCAACACACCUAGUCAUAUCCCUAUCAGCAGUAGUUUCAGCACCAGUGUCUACCAACCAAUCCCACAACCCACCACGCCUGUUUCCUCCUUCACAUCGGGCUCCAUGUUGGGCCGAACAGACACAGCCCUCACCAAUACGUAUAGCGCUCUGCCACCCAUGCCCAGCUUCACCAUGGCCAAUAACCUGCCUAUGCAACCCCCAGUCCCCAGCCAGACGUCCUCGUACUCCUGCAUGCUGCCUACCAGCCCUUCGGUGAAUGGGCGGAGUUAUGAUACCUAUACCCCCCCACAUAUGCAGACACACAUGAACAGUCAGCCAAUGGGCACCUCCGGCACCACUUCCACAGGACUCAUUUCCCCUGGUGUGUCAGUUCCAGUUCAAGUUCCUGGAAGUGAACCUGAUAUGUCUCAGUAUUGGCCAAGAUUACAGUAAAAAAAAAAAAAAAGAGAGAGAAAGAAAAAAAUAUAUUGUGUUAAUUCAGUCAGUGACGAUGUGGACACCGCAGUGGGGCGUUCAGGAAGGAAAGGAAAAUGGCUGUUAGUAGCACUUCGGUUCUGCGAUUAUGUCCCGUAUGGUACCACUGGAGGACGGACUUGGAACAAGGACCUUUGUAUACAGAAGGCACGAGAUCAGUUGGAACAAAUCUUCAUUUUGGUAUCCAAACUUUUAUUCAUUUUGGUGUAUUAUUUGUAAAUGGGCAUUUGUAAUAAUGAAAAAAAGAACAACGUAGACUGGAUGGACAUUUGAUCUGUGCUGGUCAUGAAGUUGUUUUUUUUUUUUAAAAAAAGGAAACCAUGAUCAACAAGCUUUGCCAUGAAUUUAAGAAUUUUAUCAAGAUAUAUCGACUACUUCUACCCAUCUAUCUGUUCAUAGUUUAUGGACUGAGGUUCCAAGUUUGAAUCAUUCCUUUGCAUAUAAUUAAACCUGGAACAACAUGCACUCAAUUUAUGUAAGAAAUAUCUGUUGGUUUUCCAAAGGUUGUUAACAGAUGAAGUUUAUGUGCAAAAAAGGGUAAGAUAUAAAUUCAAGGAAGAAAAAAGUUGAUAGCUAAAAGGUAGAGUGUGUCUUCGAUAUAAUCCAAUUUGUUUUAUGUCAAAAUGUAAGUAUUUGUCUUCCCUAGAAAUCCUCAGAAUGAUUUCUAUAAUAAAGUUAAUUUCAUUUAUAUUUGACAAGAAUACUCUAUAGAUGUUUUAUACACAUUUUCAUGCAAUCACGCGUUUCUUUUUUGGCCAGCAAAAGUUUAUUGUUCUUAGAUAUAGUUGUAUUACUGUUCACAGUCCAAUCAUUUUGUGCAUCUAGAAUUCAUUCCUAAUCAAUUAAAAGUGCUUGCAAGAGUUUUAAACUUAAGUGUUUUGAAGUUGUUCACAACUACAUAUCAAAAUUAACCAUUGUUGAUUGUAAAAACCAUGCCAAAGCCUUUGUAUUUCCUUUAUUAUACUAUUUUCUUUUUAACCUUAUAGUGUUGUGUUACAAAUUUUGUUCCCAUGUUGGAGUAACAUUCUAAACCAAUGGUUACUUUCAUACAUUCUUUAUUUUAAAUCCUGAUGAUCUUUAAAGAAAUAAUUCUUAAAGAUAUCAUAAAUCAGAAAUGUGUUAGAAAAAAAAUCUACUCGAAGCUGCAUGUAGAUCUGUGCCCAUUUAUGCCCACAACACACAUACUAAUGGAAACAUUUUCCAGCUAGCCAUUUCAUCCAAAAGCUCAAAGUCUAGAAAUAAUUUUAAAACUGCAACAAGCUAUUAACUAAGAAUUGUCUUUUGAAUUAGGGCUGGCAUAUUCAAUCUGGGCAGAUUUCCAUUGUCAGCCUAUUUCAACAGCGAUUUCACUGAAGUAUAUUCAAAAGUAGAUUUCUUAUACAAGACCCUCUGAAAGCUGUUGCCUUUCUCCCUUUUCUCUCUCCCUCCCCUUUGCACAGAGGCAUCAUUCCCCAUUGAACCACUACAGCUGUUCCCAUUUGAAUCUCCCUUUCUGUGCGGUUGUGGAUGGUUGGAGGGUGGAGGGGGGAUGUUGCAUGUCAAGGAAUAAUGAGCACAGACACAUCAACAGACAACAACAAAGCAGACUGUGACUGGCCGGUGGGAGUUAAAGGCCUUCAGUCAUUGGCAGCUUAAGCCAAACAUUCCCAAAUCUAUGAAGCAGGGCCCAUUGUUGGUCAGUUGUUAUUUGCAAUGAAGCACAGAUCUGAUCAUGUUUAAAGUGGCGGCACGCAGGGCAGGAGUGCUUGAGCCCAAGCAAAGGAUGGAAGAAAAUAAGCCUUUGUUGUUCUGAAAACCUGUCGGAGACUUUUAUUUCUGUAUGUUCUGUGCAACACAUAAGUCAAUAUAGAUGUUUCCUUCUGCAAACUUCCAUCAAAGGCUGGGGGUCCUGGCAGUCUAGAUUAAAUGCUUGCACAGGCAGAAACCUCUGGGGACAAAGACCCACUUCCUCUGAAUUGUACUGUGCUUUUUAUUUGUUUUGUUAUGUUUUGAACCCCCCAAAAGCAAAUGAUCAGAAAUAUAGAAAUUAAUUGGAGGCUUUAAAAAAACAACCUUCUACCUCCACAUCUCCUGUUUUCUCGUGAAGGAGUCACUUGUGAACAGAUCAUUGUGACUCAUCUAUCUGGCAUGCUAUGUGUUAAUGCUUUUAUUCCACCAGAGUUGCUGUGCAUUUAGAGACACCUUCCUAGGUUGAGUGUAGCUUUUUCAUGUGUGUGUGUGUAGUUUGAUUCAAUGUCAGUCUGCACUGCAUGCUUGCACACUUCUGCAGUGGCAUGUGCAGACAUAUGCACUGUUGGUACAAUUGCCCAUGCAGGUGUUUCUACCUCCUGACAUUUCACAGCCCUCAUUCCCAGAGGGACAUGUAUCCAGGGAACUGUCGGAAGGGCUACGUGUGGUGUGUGCUGCAGCCGCUGCCUGGCUUCUUCCCUGGAAGAAGGGGGACGGUUUCCAACUGGCUAUGAUUUGGGCCAGGGUUAGGCAACCAGUUCUGGCCCAUGGCUCUGUUGUGUAGACUAUAGACUUAGGAGAACUGGUGGCCCUUGGGUGCAGGAGCUGGGAAUGGGAGAAGGGGAGUGCCGAGGGAGUGGAGAGUCGGUGCAUGUGCACUUGGGGCCGUGACCUCUGAGGGACUAGAUUUUCAGGGCACAGUGGCACGGCCUGGCUGAGUUGGAAGAAGAGGCUGCUCAGCUGCAGAAGGCCUCUGAUCCAGCAGGAUGCAAGGCUGCCCUGCCUUCUGCUCUCACCCUGGGGAGAUGAGCGGUACCCUGAAUGCAGCUCUGGGCACCCUCCCGGGGACAGCAUGGCCAGCACUGUGUGGAAGCAAUGCCCAGGAGGCUGCCUUCGACUCAUUGUUGAAACUGUUUAUUUACAGUUGGGCGCAUGUAUGUAUGUAUGUGUGUAUGUAUGUUUGUAUGUAUGUAUGUAUGUAUGUAUUGGUGGGAACUCCGCAGGGAGGCUUUGACACCAUCUUCCAGGACGGUGGCCUGGUAUUUGGGGUGUCCUCAGUAGAACCACACGACUAACAGCUUAUGCUUUUCCUCCAAACUUGGCUGGCUUAGGGAGACCAGGUGAACAGAAUCAGAGGUGAAUGUUUGAAUAAGAAACAUUCAGGUUACUGAGUAAAAAAAUUCUUUUUUACUACAAGAAAUUUCCAGAAUAUUUUCCCUUCAAAGCUGUACCUCCUGACUCUUACGUGGUGACCCACUGACUUUUCUUGAUACGGCUCACAUACUCAUCUCCUCCUGCUU